GCAGCAAGGUAGGGAGGGCCAUUCAGCGUUGCCAGCUGGGCCUGGGGGACGAUAAAACAGGAUCUUCUCCCCGCCUUCUGUUCUUCCUCUCCUUCCGUCGUCGUCCUGAGGAAAAAUCUCGGCUCGGCCCUUCCUCCUUCUCGGCAGCACCUCAACUUCGUUAUCGAGGACACAAAGUUGGGCGCCGUCGCGUUCUCGCUGCUGGCCAGAAAACCAGAGGGCUGGACCUAGGAGCAGCAGGUUCUUCGCAGCCUGGAAGGAAGAGCUAGGAGGAGGGGGCGAAAGAAAGCGCUCUCGUCCGCUUGCCUCUCCCCCCACCCGCACCAUCUCUCUUUGCACGGGGCUCGCCUAGUCUACGUUGUGUGGGAGGCACAAGGGGGAGAGAAAAAGGCGAGUAAGGAUUGACCAGGCUCCGUGCCCUCGCCCGCCCCACUGUCGUCUACUCGCUGCGGGUGUGAAGAGAGGAGGAGGAGGGAGGAGAGGCAAAACAAAAGCCAAGUUGGAUCGCAUUCGGAGGGUCGUCCUGCAUCGACAUCCACCGAAAGGGACUCUCUGGGAAAUGGUGAGCCCAUGAAGAGUUGGAGGGGAGAGAGAAGAGAGGUGUGGUGCCUACAUAUGUAUCAAGCUUGAAGAGCAUAAAUCAAGGAGAAAAGAGCUUGCCUUCUACCCACCAGCCUGGCCACUCGAGAAGACCAGUUUACAAAUACCUGAUCACUAUGGUUAUAAAGCAUCGCUUCACCUACUUCAUCCUUUUUUGAGAUCUCUUACACUAUUUUGCCAAGCCUCUCGACUGGGGUUUUUAAAGUAUUUUAGAGCAGUGAAAAAAAAAAAAAUCUCUCCCCCUCCACACGCAUACCAGGUGGAAACAUUAUUGUCAGCCCAUCUUCUCCCGUCAUUUUCAUGUAGUUUUAAAAUACUAUAUAUAAGGGUGUUUGAAGCAUAGGAUCAGGGUGGCUCAUAGGGGCUGGGGGAGUUUUGUAAAAAGUCUGAAACUUUUCUUGAAGGCAAAGUGAGCAUGUGAAAUGUUCGGUCUACUCUGGACAAACGAUCAUGAUAGUAAAACGGUUGAGUAGGCAAAAGAUUAUAUUCAUCUUUCAUCUACGUGAUAAGAAAGAGCCAGAGAAUUCUCACUUGUCGUUUUGUGGAGGACAGAUAAGCUCUUGUUUCUGCCUCGUUCUUAACUUGUUGGUUGCUCUUAGCAUUAAUUAAUAGGAAAUCUCAGUGAUUCACAAAUUGCUUUUAAGAUACUUGUAUAAUGGAUUAGUUGACUAUUGCUUGAUCCACUGAAGGCAUGUUUGCAUUGAUGCUUGAAACUAAGAUGGAACUGUUUCUCAUCCAGACACUACAUGCUGUAAAAGAAGUGUGAAGACGUAUUGUUUACCGAUAUCUCCAUCUCUUGCCUGCUUCCAGCACCCAUGUGGAAUAUCUUACAGAUUUCAAAGUGAAGAAAACAAUAUUAUGCUUCAGAUUAUUUGCUUAACAUUCAGCUACUCUACUGUUGACCUUUUAAACUGGGUACUUAAUUUUUUAUGACUAGAAUUUUGCCACUGUACAGAAGCCAAAUGAUGUGUGUGUUCCCAAAUAUAUACAUCCCUUUCCUAGAGGGAGAACUGGAAUGACUGAUGGUAUAGAAAUCUGAUUUCACUCUUGUGGACUUGUUACUUUCCAAAUAUGUUACUACAGAUAAGUUUAAUGAAGUGAAAGAGGGAUUUUCAUAUUUGGAAGACCCAGAAAGCUGGAUAUACAGAUUUUUUUCAUAUUGAUUAUAACUAUUUGGAAAAUGGGAGCUGCUACAAAGUUGGUGUUUGCUGUUUUUCUUAUCUCUUGUUCUUCAGGUGCCAUACUAGGCAGAUCAGAGACACAGGAGUGCAUCUUCUUUGAUGCUAAUUUGGAAAAUGAUAAAACAAAUAGCAGUGGAAUUGAACUGUGUUAUGGUGAUAAAGAUAAAAGACGACACUGCUUUGCAACGUGGAAGAAUAUUUCUGGAUCUAUUGAAAUCGUUAAACAAGGUUGCUGGCUGGACGAUAUUAACUGUUAUGACAGGAAUGACUGCAUAGAAAGGAAAGACAGUCCUGAUGUGUUUUUCUGUUGCUGUGAGGGCAACAUGUGCAAUGAACGUAUAUUCUACUUUCCGGAGAUGGGAGUCACACAACCUACUUCCAAUCCUGUCCCAUCUAAACCACCCCUGUUUACUACUUUGCUCUAUUCUCUUGUGCCUAUAAUGGGAAUUGCAGUGAUAGUUCUGUUUUCAUUUUGGAUGUACCGACACCACAAAUUAGCAUAUCCUCCAGUACUUGUACCAACCCAGGAUCCUGGACCGCCACCUCCUUCACCACUGAUGGGUCUAAAACCUCUGCAGUUACUUGAGAUCAAAGCUAGGGGAAGAUUUGGCUGUGUCUGGAAAGCUCAGUUAUUAAAUGAAUAUGUAGCUGUGAAAAUAUUCCCAAUCCAGGACAAACAGUCAUGGCAAAACGAAUAUGAAAUAUACAGCUUGCCUGGAAUGAAGCAUGAAAACCUAUUACAAUUUAUCGGUGCUGAGAAACGAGGCACAAACAUUGAUGUUGAUUUGUGGCUAAUAACAGCUUUUCAUGAAAAGGGUUCACUUACUGACUUCCUGAAGGCUAAUGUAGUAUCAUGGAAUGAACUAUGUCACAUUGCGGAAACUAUGGCUCGAGGUUUGGCUUAUCUUCAUGAAGACAUCCCUGGUCUAAAAGAUGGGCAUAAGCCAGCUAUAUCCCAUAGGGACAUCAAAAGCAAGAACGUGUUACUGAAAAAUAAUCUUACAGCUUGUAUUGCUGAUUUUGGCCUUGCUUUAAAAUUUGAAGCUGGGAAGUCAGCAGGUGAUACCCAUGGUCAGGUUGGCACCCGAAGAUACAUGGCUCCAGAAGUGUUAGAAGGUGCUAUAAACUUCCAAAGGGAUGCGUUUUUGAGAAUAGACAUGUAUGCCAUGGGUCUCGUCCUGUGGGAGCUAGCAUCACGCUGUACUGCAUCAGAUGGACCUGUGGAUGAGUAUAUGUUGCCUUUUGAGGAAGAAGUGGGUCAGCAUCCUUCACUUGAAGAUAUGCAAGAAGUUGUAGUACAUAAAAAGAAGAGGCCUGUCUUGAGAGAGUGUUGGCAGAAGCAUGCUGGAAUGGCAAUGCUCUGUGAAACAAUAGAGGAGUGUUGGGAUCAUGAUGCAGAAGCUCGAUUAUCUGCAGGUUGUGUAGAGGAACGUAUUAUUCAGAUGCAAAGACUAACAAACAUUAUAACAACAGAAGACAUUGUGACAGUGGUCACUAUGGUAACAAAUGUGGACUUCCCUCCCAAAGAAUCCAGUCUAUGAUAGUUGCACUGGUCACACAUCUUGACCAAUAAGACUUUGUGAACUGGAGCUGCUAAGCUAAUGGGCCUGUUUCUGGUCUACAGUUUUCUGCUUGAAAUGUGGAACAGUAAGUCUGCUUUGGAGUGUCAGUAGGAAGACAUCUCCUUGCCCAACACCAGAUGUGGAUCCCCAGGAGACUUACUGCAUUCCUUGCAUAUGCCUGAAGGACAUGGGACUGAGAAAAUGGCAAAAUUAUGUCAGCAAACUUAAAAGAAGAAGAAAAUGGACCUAUCCUGGCUAAUCCCAACAUUUUAAGCGCUGGCAUUUCAUUUCUUAACAUGUCAGACUAAGACUAAUUCCUUAAAAUGAACUACUGCUAUUUUUUUUAAAUCAAACAUUUCAUUUCAGAUUUAAGAAAAAGGGUAACUUGUUUUUAUUGCAUUUGCUGUUGUGUUUAUAUAAAUGACUAUUGUAAUGCCAAUAUGACACAGCUUGUGAAUGUUUAGUGUGCUGCUGUUCUAUGUAAUCAAAGUGGGAUCUAGCAAAAAGGCUUCCAAGCAUUACUUAACCUCCCUCAACAAGGUAUACCUCAGUUCCACCUAUGCUAAAUUGUUGAAUUGACAACACUAACAAAACUGAAAGAAUUGAUCCAGAUUUUGUAUAUUAUGUAUUACAGAUUCAUGAUGUUUUGUUUUGUUUCAUUUUUAAAGAUGGUAAGCUGUGCUUCAUGCCAACAGUCAAUGGCCAUUCCUAAAGUGGUGUGUUAGUCUUUCCUUGUUCUAGCUUGUGUAUAAAAUGUAUUGUGUGUUCACUUACAAUCUUCCCCAAUUUUUAGUUUAAAGCUUUACUUUACCUCCAGUUCUCAAAAUAUUGCAUACAUUUAUUUGACUAAAUAUUUAGGUUUGCUGUGUCUGACGGUAAUUUGAAAAUUUAAGCAUGACUUUAAAAAAAAAAAAACUAUGAGCGAUGGCACUGGAAAGCUCUUGACUUUACUUUUUUGAAAGAAGCUUUUUUCAAUUUUAUGUAUGUUAAUGUUCUGACUAGUGUAUUUUGUUUCUCUAAACAGGAUUCAGUGGGUUGGAUUCAGAUUUAAGUGCAUUUAAGACUCAGACAUCUGCUCCCCCUCAUGAGCCUCUCUGGCUUUCUGCAAAUGCUACACAGAGGGCCUUUGACCCUCUGAAUAGUGUUUCAGACAGGAGCUGGAGCUUGGGAAAUGGCACCAUUGCAUGUGGCUAAACCUGGAUCUAACCCAGUUUCCACUGUGUUUCAGGAUCACCUCAGGAAGCUUCAUUACCCAGAACUCCUCACUUUUCAUGCAUUGCCUUUCAUGCAGCUUCACAACACUUAAUUUUGGUGCCAGCUUAUCAGAGUAAUAUUUUGUGAUGCAUAGGUUUCUCUAUGGUCACCAAAAAUUAAAAAUACAGCUAGAGAUUUCUUUUUAAAAACAUGCUUACCAUCAGAUAUGCAAUUAUUUCUGUUGAGAUGAUAAUGUAGCACAGUCUAGCAAAAAAAAAAAAAGCCCUACAACUUUAAAUUUAAAUUACUGUAUUCAAGAGUUACAGGCAUUUAAGAUGUCAAGCCUUACCAUAAGAAACUCUAGGAAAAAGGGCAGUAAGAGGACAGGUGCCAAAGUACUUUUGAAAAGUAAUAACACACUACAGUUAUUUGAUCAGCUACAUGUAUACAGGCCAAAGUAAGUUUGCUCUCUAAAACUAAGUACUGAACCAACAGUAGCCAGUAUUACGAGAUUCUGGUCAGGUCAUUUUUUUAACCAUGCAUUAGAUUUAUAAAUAUUUUUUUUAAUGUCAAUCAGUUGUUCACUGUGAAUAUUCUCUUCUAAACAGUUAUUUAUUAAAUCACACUGUUUUCUUAUGUACUGAUCUCUGGGAACAAAGAGGAAAUAUUUAUAAACAAGAUUUUGGUCACCGAACUAAAACAGGAAGAAAGGUAACAGCAGUUGUUUGUAACUGGCAUGCCAUGAAGAGAAACUGUUUUGCCUCAAGGUUUUAUGGUAGCCGUGAGAACUCCAUGCCCUAACUGCGUUACAGAUACUGUUGGGCACAAUUUGUUCGGUCUAUUUGGUGACAAACAUAGGGGGACUGUUUCUUCAAUUGUAUUUUUGAAUAAAGGAGGAUUAUUUGCUUGCUACUUACUUUAGGGCUACUAAUUAUAUAGCAACCCUAACUCAAGAAGUCAUGGUCGAUAUGUCUCAUUUCUCCUCAAAUGAGUGUUUAUACUAAGGAAAUGCAAAAACUAUCAGUGGACAUCUAAAACAUGUAAAUAUAAGAACCAUUUCUAGUUGAAAACACAGAAUGCUAUGUUUGUCUUGGGAAAUUAACCCCCAAUUUUUCAUAGAGCAGCUUUCUAUCAAACACAGACUUCCACCAAUAUGACCUGAGCCAGGUGGGAGUUUUUUCCUUGUGUAUUUUUGCUAAUAUAUUUCUGAUUCCAGGUCAUAUAGGGAAAAUCAUCAAAACUGACAAUCAGAGUACUGUCUCUUCAUAUUUAAAAAUGUCUUUCAAAAUCCCCAAAAUAACUAGUUUUAAGAGAAUGAUAGCACAUCAGAAAAGAUUUUUGGUAGAAUCUGUGAAACUGCUAAGAUUUACCAAACUGUCUUGAUCCAUAUUUACAAUAACAUCUUGCAGGGAACCUCAACAUCUUUGUAUCCAACUUAUACAGAAAAUGUAGAGGUGGGCAAGUUCGUCUUUAACACAUGCUUAAGCCAAGACCCAACAUUAAAAAACACCAUUAAGUCUGAACUAGGAAGAUGCUCUGCUUUUUGGCAGAUAUUGUGACAAUUGUUGCUUUUUGUAUUUGAAUCAUACAGCUUGUAUGGCCAGCUCUGGUGGUUUACCUUGUAUCUUUGACUUGUGAAGAAAAGCUAGAGCCCAGACUCAAGCUUUCAGUUGUCUUUGGUUUGCCUGUGUCUACUUAGUUGGCUGCCAUAUAAUUGCCACAGGAUUUCACAAAAUAGCCAGUUUUGUGAUCAACUGAAGUCUAAACCCUGCAAUUCAUUUUCGGUUUGUGUUAGAUGCUAAGAACUUUAUAUCACAUGAUGCAUGACUACUCUUUGUACAGUUGCUAAAUAUAACUUAGCAUUUUGGAACAGAUUGUGCCUCGUAAUUAUUGUUGGAGUUAUUUGACCUAGCGUUAUCAUUCAUGGUGAUACUCUGAAAAUGAGUCUGGAUUACAAUACACAACUUUAUACCUUCUUUGAUAGCAAAAUCCAUGUGGAGUAGUUCUUGCAUAACUAAGGUGUAACCAGAUGUAGUAGUGAUAAAUAUUCAUACUACAGUUCUACAGAAUAAAUUGCUGAUUGUAGUUUAACAAAGUGAGGUGACUGAUUGGUUGACCUUUUUCCAGUUCUCUUUUUAACCUUUUUAAUGCAUUUUUAUUAGGAAUAUUUGGUAUAAGAUACAGAAAGCUAUGUACAGAAUUAUGAGCAAAUGAUAAAAAAUAGUAUCCUUGUUGGAACACCAUUUACCUCAAGAUACUCAACCAGCAGUACUUUUUUUUAAUGCACACUCAGUCCAUAUAAGAUGUUACCUCUCAAGAUAUUGGUAAGCAAUUAUUUAGCUUUACUCUGUACUUGUCAGUGUUCUGGGCACAGGUUGUUGUACUACUGUCAAACUGCUCUUGCUAUUUUUUGGCAAGUAUUUAAAAUAAAAUAACCCCAUCCUGGAUAAAAGUGAUUGUGAAAUAUUGUAUAAAUGUAUGCUUUCUCUUCCCCUAUUCCCAAAGAUGAAUAAAAGAUUAAGUGACUACUGUGA